UAAUGGCACCCAAGCAGCUUAACUUCAUCACCGGCAACAAGAACAAGCUAGCCGAAGUUCAAGCAAUCCUCGCCCCCACUGGCGUAGACCUCUCAAACCAAUCUGUAGACUUGCUUGAGAUCCAGGGUACGAUCGAGGAAAUUUCAAAGGACAAAUGCCGUAGAGCAGCAGACACGGUCGGUGGACCUGUUUUAGUGGAAGACACAUGCUUGUGCUUUGAUGCUUUCGAUGAACUCCCAGGCCCAUAUGUCAAGUGGUUCAUGAAGUCGCUUGGCGUUAAGCAAUUCCACAAGCUUCUCGCUGGUUUCGAAGACAAGGGUGCCCAGGCCGUGUGCACAUUCGCAUACUCUGAAGGUCCUGGCCAUGAACCCAUCAUUUUCCAGGGAAGAACANAAGGUUGGGACGCAUGCUUUGAGUGCGAGGGCCAGACAUAUGCCGAGAUGCCCAAGGUCGAGAAGAACAAGAUCUCGCACCGUGGCAAGGCUUUGGCCAAGUUGACCGAGUGGCUUAACGCACACACCGAG